AUGGGUUCGGUGGAUGCCGUGGUGGUGGUGGUGGUGAGGGUGGUGGUGAUGGUGCUGAUGUCGCUCGGUGCUGCCGGUUACCUCACAGACCAGGUGCUGGGAAGCCGGGAGGACGGGGCGCAGAAUUCUGGGGAAGACAGGCCUAGAACUUCAAGGCAAGCUUCUAGCACCCUGGUUCUGCGGCUCUGGUUCCGCGUUCCCGGCCCGCGUGCGCCCCCUUCGGGUCUGUUCAUCUCAACGCCCGGCCUGGCCGGCAGGCGCCCCGAACAGGAAAGCUGUGUGGGCUCCCCUCCCGCCCUGGCUGGCACCGUCCCUGCUCACUCGACCCCAGGAUUUCGCCAUCGCAUUCCGCAUCCCUCCUCCGGGCUGCACCCGUCUGACGACACGCAGGCCGGUCUGGAGAGGCCCGCGCUGAAUUCAGAGAACGCUGACUUUAGGCGGGAUAGCGCCCUGACCCGCAAAGGAAAGCUAAAGCAGGGCGGGCGGCAUGCCACGGCGCCGGCGAAGGCGCGAAGGCGCACGGGCGCCGCGGCCGAAGCCCACCCGGAGUGCCGAGAGGAGCUGCGCAGGCCCAACGCUCCAACAGGGCUGCUGAGGGCGGGGCCGGCGCAGCCACGCCCCCUAUGUGCCGCCACGCCCCUCCGUGUGCUGGAGCCGGCCCCAGCCACGCCCCCUCCUGUGUGCCGGGGCGGGGCCGGAGCCAACCACGCCCCCGUGUGCUGGAGCCGGCUCCAGCCACGCCCUCUCCCGUGUGCCGGGGCGGGGCAGGCUCCAGCCACGCCCCCUCCCGUGUGCCAGGGGCGGUGCCAGGUGCAGGCCCGAGAGCCCGGGCUCAGGUGCGGGCCCUCCGCGCCUGCGCCGUGUCCCCGCUCCGCCCCGCCAGGUGCGCCCCACCCCCAGCCAGGCCGCCACCUCCCCGGUAGUCCCGGCGUCCGCCAUUCGCACUUGCGCCCCGCGAGCGUCUGGAGGUGCGGAGGCCUUCCGAGCCGCGGGCGUGGGGGAGAGUCGCCGGGUGUCGCCGAGCGACCAGGGCAUAGAAGGGGCUUCCGGGGAGCCGGGCGCCCCCAAGUCCUCCCCCGGGGCGCAGCCGCACCUGAGCGCGCCCGCCCGCCCGCCUCUAGUGCGCGUGCGCCGCCAGGGCCUCCCGCACCUGCUCGCGAGACCCCCCCAACGGCCGGCGGCUCGAGGCCCGGCGCGCGCGGGCGGCAGGUCAUGGCGCAGCUGAGCGGGCCGCGGCGGGGCCGGGCGCUCGUCGCCCUGCUGGCCUCGCUGCUUCUCUCCGGGGCCCAGGCGGCCGGCAGAGACCUGGACGUCCACGAGUCUUGUGGCGUUUCGAAGGUAGUGGGGAGAUGCCGGGCUUCCAUCCCCAGGUGGUGGUACAAUGUCACUGACGGGUCCUGCCAGCCGUUUGUGUAUGGGGGCUGCGAAGGAAAUGGUAAUAACUACCUGAGCAAGGAGGAGUGUCUUGAGAAGUGUGCUGGUGUCACUGAGCGCACCAUUGAGGGUGUGGCUGGGAACAGGAACGGAGCCGACUCUUCUGUCCUGAGUGGUCCCAGAGAGCAGGACUCUGAGGGCCUCGCGGGUGAGAUCUUCAACUAUGAAGAGUACUGUGUCCCGAAGGCCGACACUGGGCCUUGCCGGGCAGCCUUCCGUCAGUGGUACUAUGACGUGGAGAAGAACUCCUGUGACAGCUUCAUCUACGGCGGGUGCCGCGGCAACAGGAACAGAUACCUCUCCCGGGAGAAGUGCAUGCAGCGCUGCUCGGGCAAGCAGAUGUAUCCUGCUCUGACUCCUGGCACUAAAGCGGUCGUCCUGGUGGGGCUGUUUGUGAUGGUCCUGAUCCUCCUCCUGGGAGCCUCUGUGGUGUGCCUGAUCCGGGUGGCACGCAGGAAACAGGAGCGCGCACUCCGAACCGUGUGGAGCACGGGGGACGACAAGGAGCGGCUGGUGAAGAGCACCUACGUCUUGUAAAAGCCCCAGUGCUGGGGGCAGGGCGGGCGGGUGGGUGGGGGGCGCGAGCUUGUGUCCCAGAGAUCAUUAGGGGGUUGGUCUUUGCUUCCCGGGGCAGGGAGGCUCUUCCUAGUCCCAUUUGGCUGCUUAGGCCCCUUGACUUCUGUUUCUCCCCCACCCUCUGCCUUUGCACCCAUUGCCUGCUUUAGCCUCACUGGUAGUCCUGUUCUGGUAAUUUUCAUUGUUUGUUUGAUUCAUGUUGUAUUUUUUUUAAGUAGAUAAAGGUUUUUUAAAUUGGGAUUCUGAACGAAAAAAAGUAUGUUUAAUAAAAUGGGCUUUUAAAAUAAAA